UAUGACUUCAGAUUGUUUGUUUGGAGAUAAACUCCAUCAAAUCGCAUGCAUGUAUGUAUGUUUUAAUGACGAUAUAUGCUAAAGCUUUUUCGUCUGUUAUAGAUUCUGAAUUGGUAUCAUAAUAAAAAAGUAAAUACUUCCCGAAUCGGAAGUCUAAUUGUGCCUCUUACAUUAAAACGCAGAUUUUGUAAUUACUGUUUUCAAUACCUUUGUUAGAAAAUUUAUUUUCGACAGUUUUAUAACAGGACAUAUCAAGAAGCAUGUGAACUAUUUUUAUCUCCAUAUGUCAGAUAAUAAAAAGACAAAUUAUUAAGAAUCAGUAAGUUUCGUGCGUUUAACCAAUUGAAGUCUCAAUGAAAUUAUGAGUGAUACAAUACUUUUACUGACGGAAAUAGGAGAAAAAAUAAGCGGCGGUUCAAAUAGAAAAUCUUUCAAUUUGCUCUACAGCGCAUCAAAAACAGUAGAUGUAGACAAUUUUCAUUUAAAAUGUGACGCAAAGGGCCCAACCGUGACCCUAUUAUAUGGAAAGUUCAACACCUUAUUUGGUGGCUAUACCUCCAAAAGCUGGACUUCAACUGACAAUCAGACAAAACAAGAUGAUGGUGCUUUCUUGUUUUACAAGGAUGAAAGUCCAGGGGCAAAAUGCAAAUUUCUGCCAAUCAAAAAGGACAAAACUCAUAAAGCUAUAACAUGUGAUGCAAGCUUUGGUCCAACAUUCGGCGGAGGCUCUAAGAAAAAAUACUACCUUCAAGUAUUCAAAAAGAACGAUAACGCACAGCCGGAAACUUCAGACGACUGCAUGCAUCUGAACGGGUCGAUGAAAGUAGGACGAGCAUAUGACGAAGAAACAACAAAUAAACGUGGCAAAACAAAAAACAAGACAAACGAUAUCAAUUCGGGAAAAUUAAUAGUUACAUGUGUUGAAGUGUACCAAGUCAUUGAUGACGAAUUAACGGUCAACUGGAAAAGAAAACCAGAGGAUGAAGACUGCAAUAAUAUGAAAAAGGAGCUCAUAGGAAUGGAACAACCAGGGCUUAAUGUAGAACAGUACAAUAUACUACUUGUUGGAGUGAUUGGUUCUGGUAAAUCUAGCUUCUACAACACUCUAGCAUCAGUUUUUUCUGGAACGGUUAUACAUCCUGCCGUAGCAAGAGCUGAACAAACAAGUGUUACAAAUAAGGUAGAACACUACGACCUUAAAUCAGGAAAUGGUACAAAAUUAAAGAUACGAAUAACUGACAUUCGAGGAUUUGAAGAUGUGAGAGGUCUUGACGGAGAGCUUCGGCAUCUGCUUAGUGGCGAGUUAUCAGCUGAUUAUAAAUUUAAGGAUAAAGCAGGGCCAUCCAAGAGUGAUCUACGAACAAAUGCAACAUUAAAUGACGAAAUUCACCUUGUUUGCUUCGUUUCCGGCAAUACAAACUUUGAUACACUCACGAGCACACUUCACAGUCACAUCAAAGCAAUCAAAGAGAUAAUUAAUGAUAAAGGUUUACCGAUAGCUGUAAUAGCAACAAAAAUUGAUGAGUUAUGCCCACUUGUAUCUGGAAAUGUUGACCAUGUCUACAAAUGUUCCAAAGCUAGGGACGCUGCAAAAAGAGUAGCUGAUUUCUAUGGAGUACCUCUGACACACGUUUUUCCGGUUGUCAAUUACGUAAAUGAGGAGGAAAAUGACGUCGAAAUUGAUAGACUGGCGCUGCAAGCUGUGCAUGGAACGUACAAGUUGAUGCAUACCCGCUUCAGCGAACAUAAAGGCUUGGUGAAAAUGUCCAGUGAAUGGGAAAAGAGAGUGACAAAACUUCCUAAUUUGAACGACUCUAAAGCAAAGGAAGAAGUACUGAAAGAAUUACAGCAUGAACUGACAAAACUUCAAGACAGAAAACUGCGUGUUCUAUUAGUUGGACCUGCAAACUCUGGAAAAUCAAGCUUUAUUGAUUCAUUGACAUCGGCACUCACAGAUGAUAUUGCGUUCACAGUAGCUGGGAGUUACUCGUCGGGUAGUAAUCUCAAAAACUGUUCCUCUACUAAAAUGUUUAAAAUGUAUGAGGUUAAUCACAAACUUCUCGACAAUAGUAACGUUUAUUUUGGAGACAGCCCCGGUUUUCAAGACAAAGGAGGCAUAACAAGGCAGGAUGUAAACUUCAUUUUGGAUGGACACGUGCCAAACAAUUACCAAGUAUAUAACCGGUUUUGUCUUUUAGUUCUUAAAAUAUAGAAUAAUUUACUUUUAAUGUGUAAAAAUAUGUAUUUACAAAUUAACUGUUUGUAUAAUAUAUGUUGAGAUAAAAAAAAUCAUGAAUUGUAGCUGCUACAUGUAUAUAAUAAAAAGGUCAUUUAAGCAGUAUCUUGACAUCGUGGACCACAGCUCAAGCGACGCGAGGGAUCAAAGCCUUGUAAAAUCCACUAGUCUAAGAGCCGAAUACAAAAUAGCAGAUCAAGGUGCUGUUAUAAUAUAUAAGCCCUUUAUAUAACUAAACUUUGUCUUAAACCCCGGUUAAAAAUUGUACAACUUGAACAAGCUACUUGGCCACAAUAAGAAUGAUUGUGUCCUAUGUCUAAUAUUAAGAUUUUUCUUACAUAAUUUAGAUAUUGAAUGGAACUGAGAAAAAAUCAAAGGAUUCCCUUAUGCCUCCAAACAAAAGCGAUAAGAUACACUGUGUCUGUUUUAUUUUCGAUUGUGAAUCUAUUAAGGAAGGAUUAUUAGAUACACUUAAAGACACAGCAAUGAAGGUAAUGACCGACGUUGAAGGAAAAGGUAAAUAUAUUAUUUUCUGUAGUUCUGACUGCAGUACAACUUUUAAAAUUCUUUUAACAAUGUGAGUUUGAAUUUAUAAUAAAAGAGAAACUUUUCUUUAUGUUUAUCAUAUUUUGUUGAAAGCACAUGUUAUUGUUCUACGAUGAUGAGCGUAAAUGCUCCAUCCUGUUAAAAGGGUAGGUGAUUGGUAGUUAAGAACAUAUCUGGUAUAGAUGGUUUUUGAAAAUUACCAUAAUAGUGCUCUUUAUCAAAUUACAUAAGUCAACAAAUCAACAAAUUCAUAAUCCAGCAUAUGACAUUUGGUAAAAUAGGAAACUCAUAUUGAAGUUGCAUUUUGUAACAUGCUUAUAUUAUCUCCUGUAAAGAUAAUGGCUUAUACAACAUAUGAAGGGGAUUAAAGACAUCAGAAUUAACAAAAAGGAAGAAAGAAAUAAACAAACAAAUAAAAAACUAAAAAAAAAAAAAAAAAACACACACACAAAAACAGCAGCAACAACAAAAACAUUACAAAAAUACACAUACACUUGGCAUUUGUUUGUAAUAAGCACAUACGUUCCGUUUCGGCUAAUCGACUGAAAGUAUGAAACAGUAAAAAGCUCCAGUAAGUACUGGUAGGGCAGAUGCUUGUGUAUUUUCAGUACAUUUCAGAUUGUAAGUGCUUAUGCCUUUCAA